AUGGGGAAAACUAAGCGCCCAGCCACCCCAGGACCGGCACCAGCGGCACAGCCCCAACAGCAACCCGGCCCCAUGGAUGAAUACCUCUCCACACCUCGAGGCCUACAAGGCACACGGGACCGCGACAAUAUGGCGCCUGCCUCCCCAGGUACUGCAAGCAUGGCAGAAUCGACGCCGGACCCCCAGGACAUGGACGCACUAACCCAAAUUUCUGUGGACCUGGCAGCCAUAUCGGCGACCAUGCUCACCCGCAAAGAUAAAACGGAGAUGGUAGCAGAACUCCGGUCAGUCAUAAGAGAGGAAAUAGCAGCGGUAUGA